UUUUUUAAUAUUUCGGAUGGAAGUUCGAUUUUGUGGUGUUCUGCGAAUUUGGGCUUCGUAGACCAAGUCCAUGAAAACAAUCAUAUGUGGGUCCAAAAUCAAAAGCCCAUGAAUUCAUCUUGUCUCCAAUUGUCUAGUCUGUUGAUAAAACUUGGAUCGCAGCCGUUGAUAUUUCAAUUUUCAAAAACAUGACAGCCGUCAGAUCUAGGGCUUCCGUUCAAAGGCUCUCGUCUCUCCGCAGAAGCUAAUAUUCUGCCCUUGCUGCCGCUUCCGCCCACUUCUGUUGUGUGUCGCAGCCGAGAGAGGGAGGAAGAAGAGAAAAGGUAGAAGACUCGAAAAUGGUGCAGCGUCUCACUUACCGCAAGCGCCACAGCUAUGCUACCAAGUCCAACCAGCACCGAAUCGUCAAAACCCCAGGUGGAAAGCUUGUGUACCAGACCACCAAGAAGAGAGCCAGUGGACCCAAGUGUCCCGUUACUGGGAAGAGGAUCCAAGGGAUUCCACACUUGAGGCCUGCUGAAUACAAGAGAUCUAGGCUACCAAGGAAUAGAAGGACCGUGAACAGAGCAUAUGGUGGUGUUUUAUCUGGAGGUGCUGUAAGGGAAAGGAUCAUAAGGGCAUUCUUGGUUGAAGAGCAAAAGAUUGUCAAGAAGGUGUUGAAGAUUCAGAAGGCAAAGGAGAAGCAGUCUUCAAAGGCCUAGAUCAGCUCCAUCCGAUGACAUGAAUGUUUUCGUUAUUUGCUUGUGGUUUUUAUCCUCAUCAAAUUUUGAGUAAACAGAUGUGAAUUUUGGUGGAUUUAUACACACGAUAACUGAUGUGUUUUCACAUUGGUUGUGGUUUAUGUUAAGUCACAUUUGUUUCAACUGCAUUUCUGUGGUUUAAACAUCACUCGUGUGUAGGAAAUUAGCUUGUGAAAUCCCUACCUUGAGGCAGGGCAGCCACAGGAUUCUGUCCAAAUUGCCAUCUGGUUUGGAUCAGACCAAACAGAA